UCCACGCGGUCGGGUCGCCGCUGCUGGACGGGGUCGCUGGGGCAUCCUCUCGCCAGUGCACGUUGGGGAAGUGUAAGAGGAGGUUGUGUCGAAGCGUUCCUGCGGCGAGCCCGACUCGGUCGCUCGCUCCUUCGCGUGUCUUUUUCUCCGCCGAUUGUGCGGUGGCGCCUGUGUUCGUGAUUCGGGAAUUGUACGAAACUAUUUGAUGAAUUCUUCGCGGAAGUGCUUCGUGCCGUGGAAACUUCCGACGUGAUUCGGAAUGGAUGACAGAUUGAUAAGAAAAUGAUGUGAUAAAGUGAAAAAAAUAGUUUGAAUGAAUUUGAAUAAAUAUAGGUCAACAAAUUUCACAAUAGGGAAGAGAGAGGAAAAAUUAAAAGGACUUGCAUAACUUUUCGCAUUCGAGGAUUACGAAACUCGCGGUAACAGCCUCGCGGAACUGCUCUCUUCGAAGCCAAAAAAAGAAAAGAAAAGAAUAAAGGGUGGAAGGGCGGGGGAGGAGGAGGACGGACGAAUAAGCUCGCCCAUAAAACAGAUAUUCCUCUUCGACAACAGGAAAAAAAGGUAAAGAAAAGAAAACAUAAGAAAAGCCUUCGAUAAUUUUACGACAACCGGUGAUGGCUUCGUGCAGGACCCUCGUUUUGGCCGCUGUCACGGCUCUCUUGGCAGGCCGGAGCACCGCGACUGUCAGCGACAACGAGCGCCUUCCCAACGGCCUUGAAGACAGAAGAGGUCCCUUGACGGAGGUUUGGGGUGUGGUGGGGGGGAAGGUGCUCCUGCCGUGUGACAUGAACCCCCCCCUGCAGAACGACUCCACCCACCUCGUCCUCUUCUACCACGGGGCCCUCGGGACGCCCAUCUACAGCCUCGACUCCCGCGGCAAGAGCCUGGAGCACGCGAGCCACUGGGCGGAGCAGGACCUCGGCCACCGGGCGGUCAUGAGGGUGAACCGCAAGCAGCACGGGCUCCUCCUCGAAGACAUCCAGCUCAAGGACCAGGGCAUGUACCGGUGCCGCGUGGACUUCGUCGAGAGCCCCACCAGGAACGUGCGGGUGCGCCUUCGGGUCGUCG